ACAGAGCAGCAUUUCUAUUAGAUUGCGAUCAACAAUUAUGGGCAUCUUCAGUUAUUUGAUGAUCGCGGCUGUGAUUCUUAUCUACUCUCUGGCUGAACAGGACAAUGCUGCUGUGCUUAGAUUUCACAAAAACGUUGCCAAACCAAACCAAAUCACUGAUGGGGAUAUCGAAGUUAAAUCUGCAUAUCCUGCCAAAUUUGAAGAGGCUCAAGACACCAGGGAAAAACGUAGUGCACAUGUGAACUUGAGCGCAUUCAUGCCCGGACCAAGAAUGGACAGGCAUAGAAGACACAUUCGUCGCCAUCUAAAGUUAAGACGCCACAAAUCCAGGUCAAAUGUACACAGAAGAAUAAUGGCAGGCAGAAACGGUACGUGGACGUGGUUACCCGCAUACAAAAGAUACGCUUGGUUCCCAGAAGAGAAGUCAGACAAGGACGACAGUUUCAGCAAAAUUAUGCGUUAUGGAAAGUAACUUCAAGGUGAAGAAGCGAUGAGACGACUAAAAGUUUCAAACAUUAACAUGUUAUCCUAUGAAUAUCAUGCUAACUAUGGAAUAAAUAUAUAUAUUUCUUUUAUUGACAAUUGUAUCAAAACAUAUGUUCAAAAUGAUGUUGUAUAAAUGUCGUAAACUGUUGAAACGACAAUGUAUUCGUGAUAUUUCAAAUCGACGUGGCGUAAAAUGACGUGGACUAUAAACAUAUAAAGUGCG